AUGUUUGUGUUUGCACUUAUACCGAGUCCUGCGUCUCGUGCAGGUCAUCGUGACGGUUCUAGUCGAGAUGGUUGGGAUGGUGGUCCGCCA